AUGUCUGAAAACUCUCUUUCUUAAAAUGAAUUUUAUGAGUUGAAACAUGUUAGAACAUUAAAAAACAAACCUUCAAAAUUAACAUAAAAAAAGAAGAGAACUUUAUUCUAUUUAAAUAAAGCAAUGUUAGAAAAAGAAUAUAUUAAAACUGAUUUGAGUUGUGAUUGUACAGAAUGUGGAAAAUGCAGUUAAUUUAUUGGGACAAUAAAAAAACAAUACCCAUUUAAUGGAACAAGGUAAAAAAUUAAUAAAUUUCAAGAUGGUAGAAAAGAAAGAGAGUUUUAAAAAGAUUUAAAGCAGCAAUUAAUGCUAUUAUUUUUAUUUUAUCAUAUAAAGUGGAGGCUAUUAAAAAAUUUAGAAAAAGGAUGCAUAUUCUAAAAGCAAUGAGAAAUUUAACAACAGUAAAAAAAUCUUAAAUUACUGCCUCAACUCAUUUAUAGUAAUAAUAAUUAAUUAGUAUUCCUCAAUCAAGAUAAUCAUAGAGGUACUAAUUGUAAUAAAAGUAAGGAUUAAAACUACUCCUGAUGAUGAAACUUUUUUUAAUCAUUUAAUAAAUAGUGCCAGAGAACCUAGAAAAAGUUAAGUUUCAUUGUAUAUGAAUAAAAUGUUAAAAGACGUUAUUCCAAAAUCAGAAAUUCAUUUGAAACCUUUGAGUUAUUUAAAUUAGAAGUUGAUAAAAUAAAAUAAUGCAAAAUCAAUUACCUAAGCAUCUUUUUCUCAUUUUAAUUAUUUACAAGUUUAAUCGAAUCCAUAAAGGUUUACAACAUUACAUGUAGAGUCAAUUGUGAAAAAUCAAUAUAAAAUGAAUAAUAAAGAUCUUUUAAAAUUAAUAGAUUCUCUUAAGGUUAGACAUAGAAUAAUUAGAUGUAAGAAAUGA